AUGAAUUAUAUGAGAGAUAACUAUGCGAAUGCAAAAAAUGAUGUGCCUCUCUUGAUAGAUUAUGGAUCCUCGACAAUCAAAGCAGUAAUGACUUUGUUUAUCAGAGGGUUAUGCAACAUCACAAGCCCCUGAUGUAGUUAUUCGCAGCUAUAUCAAUAAAUUUAAGGACUCUAAUACACAAUCUAAUCAGAUAGCUUAAUGGGACACAGAUGUGUUUAAGAAUUAUAGAUCUCCAUUUGAGAAGAAUCUCAUUUAGCAUUCUGGUGCAUUAGAAUAAUUAAAUGAUUUUGUGUUUGAAAGACUUUAGGCUGGAAGACAUGGCAGAGUGAAUCAUCCAAUGAUAUUAACAGAAUGUUUUGCUACUACUGAUUUAGCUAGGAUGAUAGUCUUAGAGCAAAUGUUUGAAUGUUAUCAAGUACCAAGUGUGAUGUUAGGAGUUGAUGCUUUAUUUUCGGUAUUUCAGGACGACUUGGAGGCUUUUUUAAAACAAACAUAGCUAAUAGUUCAUUUCGGUGAUCAAACUGUUCAUGUAGUGCCAAUAGUCAAUGGUCAAGUGAUAUAUUCCAAUAUAAAAAGACUGAAUUUGGGUGGGUUAAACAGUUUGAAAUACUUUUAUUAAACAAUCUAAUUAAGACACCCACAUUUGAAGUUCACAUAUGCUCAAAUGGAUUAUUGGCAUAAGUAAUACACUAGUGUGGCUAUAGAUUAUUAACUCUAAUUGCGUUAUUUCUAGGGACCUUAAUAAUAUUAUGGAUACAGAGAUAAGAUAUCAGAACAAAAUAGAUUUUAUGAUGAUUAGUUGUAAUUUUUGGAUUCAAUAUAUAUUGAUAUUCCUAUUGUACAGAAAAUUGUGAGCGCAGAGGAUUUAAAAAGAAAGGAUGAAAAUAGACAAAGGAUGAGAGUAAGAUUACAGGAGUCCAUCUAAUAAAGCAGAUAGAAUAGGAAAUCUCAAUUGGAAUAACAAUUAUUAGCAUUACAAUAGGAAUUAGAAACGGACUAAAACAAUGAUGAACUCAAAAAGAAAAUUACAACACUUCAAGUUAAACUUGGAUUAGCACCUAAAGAGGCUUUAGAUGAAUUAAAAUAUAAUUUACUAAAUGUGCCUGACGAUAAACUUACACUUAGAAGAGAUAUCAAAAAGUCAUGCAUGAAUAAGCAUUACUCAAAAAAUAAAAAAAUUAGGAAUUUAAGUAAUUACAGAAAGAUGCCAAUAAAUUUAAAUUAGAAGAACCAGAGAAAUAUUUGCAAAUGCUAUAUGAAAAAAGAGAUCGCAUAGUUCUUUAAAGACAAGAACGAAAAAAAUUAGAAUAAGAAAUGAAUAGUAGAAAUUCAAGAUUCAAUUAAAAAAGAAUCUAAACUCUAGCCUUCCUUGGAGCUGAUGAUAAAGUAGAAGAUGACUUUGGAAAAGAUGAUAAGGAUUGGGAAAUCUAUAGAAGUGUUACCAAAGAAAUAGACUCUGCUGAUGAAAAGUCUAAAUAUAAACUAUAAGAAAUUGAAUAAGAACUAAAAGACUUAGAUCCUGAUUUUGAAAUUAAAAUUCUUAAAUCAAUUGCAAACGUACAUUAAUUAGGCAUGAAUCUCAGCCAAGUUCAAUUAAGUGUCGAUCGGGUGAGAUGUUAAGAAAUCUACUUCUAACCCAACUUAAUUGGAGUGGAACAAUAAGGUUUGGUAGAUAUGAUCAAAUUAUCGUCAAAAGGUUUGGAUAAACUUUUACUAGAAAACAUCAUCCUAACUGGAGGUGGAGCAAAAACAUAAGGGAUUAUAUAAAGAUUGCAAAAAGAUCUAAUAUCCGAAUAUGAUUGCCCUAUUGCUAUUAAAAUUGCUUCUGAUCCAGUAUUUGGAACAUGGUUUGGAAUGAAGAACUUUGCCAAUAAAUAUUAAGGUAUGCUUUCCUAAUUUUCUAUAUCAAUUGAUGAUUAUAAUGAAAUUGGUACUUAAAAAUGGGAAAUAUUUAAAUAACACCCCUUUUCUAAUAUUGUUGAUUGA